CAAUAGUAGUGUCUCCGCCUUUUGUCUCCUUGGCUGGCUCAAGACAACGGCCUUUGUGGGAGCCAGUGCGAGGAGCUUGGCGGUGGAUCUGUGCGCAUGGUGGACGAGCUUCACAGUUCUGAGGACAGUGCCUGGGUGCAAGAUGAUGUGGAGCGAAUUUGCACAGAGACACUGGAUUUGCACCUGAAAGAGCACCAGUUCAACGAAGACUUGGUGCCUCAUUGGAUCAAUGAGAUUUGUGAAGGCAUUAUGGCACGACUGAAUGAGCAAAAGAAGCCCUUCAAGUACGUAGUAUCUUGUAUCAUCAUGCAGAGAAACGGCGCCGGGCUGCAUACGUCCACCUCCUGCUAUUGGGACGCUGGAAACGACGGCGUCUACACCUAUGUUUGGCCAAGAGAAAAGUCCAAAGACGUGGUGAAUAAGUCGAUGUAUUGUAUUGUCACAGUCUUUGGCCUGGAGUUCUGAGCACAGUCUUUGGCCUGGAGUGUGAGCUCUUUAGGUUAGGAGAAUUCAAGGCCUCCUCGGCCCGUCUCACCUCCAGAAGGCAUGCCUUCAGUCCGCAGCCCUGAGGCUUCUGUGAGUUCGAACUCUGUUGGGU